AUGCCGACUCGGUAUUUAGCCGGUUUUCAUUACCAACAAGUUGUCGAUGUACGCUGUGAGAUUUCGAGGACUCCUCCGUCUGCACCUCCACUUUCUACUCUCCUCCCUGAAGGUCUCGAACUCUUGGGAAUGUAUGAAGCCCACGACGGUGAUUGGGGGGAAGAGGGCUGUGUUGCAUGCAUAAAACGCCUUUUAAUCGAUAAAUCACCUUCUUGUAUGCCAUGCUUACAGGUUAUCACUGACCAGCAUCAUCCCCAACGUCUAAGCCCAUUAGUAGAAUUCGCAGCUGAGCGUAAAGUCAAGAUAGAAUUAGAGGCGGUAGACGUAUAG